UAGAAGGAUUCUUAAUAAUAGGAGAGACUGUAUAUUCUUCCCCCUCUUGUUAUUCCACUGUUCGACUUAGACGCAGACCACAGAUUAUUAUCAAUGGCUUUCUACGCAAAAUCAGCAAUAUCUCGCGCUCUCAUUUUCACCUCCCCUUCACCCUUCUCCCACACCAAACUUCUCCAAUAUACGUCACUGUUCUCCUCUCUCACAUCCAUACCCAUUUCCUCAAACCCUUCCCAUUCUCCCAACUCCAAUCCCAUCCUACGUCAUUUCACUUCCUCCAACAAAAACAUAGACACCAAACUCAAUUUCUCUCCCUCCGAUUCCGAUUCCGACGACGAAAGCACCGCAUUAACUAAACCGACCACCACCUGUAGGAAACUACCACCGCCUUAUGACCCAUUCAGCAAGAAGCCAGCAAUAGAAGAACCCAAAGACCCAAAAGACUUACAAGAAAUCUUCCACAAAAUGAGAAGCGGUGACGGGUUGUUGAAUCAUGCAGUCAAGAUGUUCGACGCUUUGUCCAAGCAGGGUCUAACGCACGAAGCGUUAGAACUUUUCGGUCAGAUCAAAGAUAAAGGCCAAAUGCCAGAUGUGGUGGCCCACACGGCCAUAAUUGAGGCUUAUGCCAAUGCUGGCCAACCAAAAGAGGCUCAUAAAGCUUACAUGAGAAUGCUUGCUUCUGGGGUUUUUCCUAAUGCUUAUACCUAUGCUGUUCUUAUUAAGGGACUUGCGGGGAAUGGUAAGUUUUUGAAAGAUGCGAAGAACUAUGUAGUGGAAAUGUUUGAGAAAGGGAUGAGACCUAAUGCUGAGACAUAUACUUCUGUGUUUGAGGGGUUGGUUAAAGAGAAGAAGAUGGAUGAGGCUGUGCAGUUGAUGGAGGAAAUGAAGGGGAAGGGGUUUGUUCCUGAUGAGAAGGCUGUAAAGGAGGUUCUUAGCAACAAAAGGGGACCAGUUUGUAGGACUGUUAUAAACAUUCUCUUUGGAAAAUAGCUAAAGCUACACACAAGUGAAAUUUAUGUGAUUCUGUGUAGCAUGACUGGUUUGGAACAUUUCAUUUUGGGUAGUGAAAAAUAUACGCUCAUUUUGUUUAUUGUUUCAUGACCAUUGAUAUCAUUCUCACUAUAAUCUACAACUAGUUUUGAUAAAUUUAUUAUUGUAAUAAUUCUUUGUUAGUUAAAGAUACAACAGCAACCAAAGCUUAUAUCAAUCAAACUCUGCA